UAUAACUAUUUGCUUGAUAAUACUAUGAACCCAAGAGGAGAGGAUGAUUCCAUCAAUGUAACCCCAUCCCUGUCCAUCUCCAUUGGGGAACCUCGGCACGUCCCCGCAAGCUCCUCGGUCAUCACUAUCGAUAGGAGGUACGACUAGGUUAUUGACUUACAUUGUCCAAUGGCACUGGCAUUGAACUUCUCGUAUUAAUAAUUAUGUAUAAAGACGAGACUUGCUGUUGAUAUAGAGGAGAGCGUUCUAAUAAACCAUCAGCCAACGACUAUUUUCUUUCGCCAUUGGACCAACUAGAAUAUAUUCUAUCACACUGUUCUUCGUAGAUAACAUUACAUCAUGGCCGACGAAACAGCUCUUACCGACUUCCCGUCGCUCUUCUCCCUCAAGGGUAAAGUCGCCGUCGUGACAGGCGGCUCUCGGGGUCUGGGUUUAAACGCAGCUUCAGCUUUCCUCCAAGCCGGCUGCUCCAAAGUAUUCAUCACCUCGCGCAAAGCCAAAGCCUGCGACGCCGCCGUCGCCCAACUCAACGCCCUCCCCAACCUCCAACCCGGCGCCCGCGCCAUCUCCGUCCCCGCCGACAGCAGCACCCUCGCCGGCGUCGAGUCCCUCGUCUCCCAAGUCUCCCAGCACACCGCGCACGUCGACAUCCUGUUCGCGAACGCGGGCGCCACCUGGGGCGAGGCCUUCGACACGCACCCCGACACCGCGUUCCAGAAGGUCAUGGACCUGAACGUCAAGGGCGUCUUCCUGUGCAUACAGAAGUUCGCGCCGCUCCUCGAGAAGCGCGCUACCGUCGAGGACCCUAGCCGCGUUAUUAUCACGUCGAGCGUCGCGGGCUUGGGCGUCGGCACUACGGGGCCGCAGGCUACGUUUGGCUAUAGCGCGAGCAAGGCGGCUGUUAUUGCGCUGGGUCGGAAUCUCGCGCUUGAGCUGGGGCCUCGCCAUAUCCUUGUUAAUUCUAUCUGCCCCGGCUGGUUCCCGACGAAGAUGGCGACGGGCUUGUUGUCUAUGACGGGUGGUCUUGAGAAGCACGCCGCGCGCAACCCGAACAGGCGGCUCGGCAGGCCCGAGGAUAUUGCUGGCGUGGUUGUUUAUCUGUCGAGUCGAGCAGGAUCGCAUGUUAACGGCGCGACGAUACAGAUAGAUGGUGGUGCGUUGUGGAAUACGGUCUCCCUAGAAGCCGGGCCGGCGGAGCCUAAGCUAUGAUAUGUAUGUGUAGUAUCGGUGGUAUAGCCAGUGUAGCAGGAGUUUUUAUUUAUUAUGAUUAAUGAUAUUCAAGCCAUUAAGCCAUUACAUA